CGGAGACACGCCCCGGGGCGGAGCCAAGAGAGUGGAGCGGAGCCGGUAGGAGGCCGGCUGGCAAGUGGCGAAGGGUGACGCAAAUUGUCUGAUGAAUUCUGAUGAGUAUUCUGUGAUGGAUAACAAGGACUUGGAAGCAGAGAUCCACCCUCUGAAGAAUGAGGAUGGGAAAGCUCCAGAUAACCAUGAGAACUGUGCAGAGAAAGAAGGUCUCUGCAGGAAGCCCACCCGCUUGUCUCAGCUCUCCCGAUGGCGCACUGCUGCCUUCUUCCUCUCAUUAUUCCUGUGCCUGAUUGUGGUGUUUGCCUUUUCGUUCAUCAUCCCGUGUCCAGUGAGGCCUGUUUCACAAAGGACAUGGAACAGGAAAUAUGACCGUGCGGUGACCUACAGGUUUCUGGCUGUAGAAGAUGUGAACGAAGACAAAGUGCAAGAUGUUAUCUUCGUUUUCAAAGAUACCAAUGGCAGCAGCAGUUUUAACAGAUCCUGCUCAGAUGAAGGCCUUUCCGCUCCAUGUGCCUUUGUUACUGCUGUCUCGGGCACCAACGGCAGCACGCUCUGGGAGAGGCCUGUCACUGAAGACCUCCUGUGGAUGGAGUGCGCCAUUGAGCAGCUGGGUGGGGCUCAGUCCCCAGGCUGUCUUGUCAUUGGGAACCCAGAGUUACUAACUGCAAUCAACCCUCACACAGGGGAAGUUCGAUGGAGGCAGUUUAACAGUUUUGGAGCUAAUUAUACCGUGGUGACUCCCUUGUUAAAGAUACCAGAUGUGGAUGGGGACGGUGUUCAGGAUGUGAUGAUCUUUACCACUGCAGGAGAUGAGACUCAAAGUUUCAUCUAUUCGGGGAAGAAGGGGGAGCAGAUCGGAACCAGUGGCAGACUGAGUCUGGGUGCAAGGCCUGGUUAUCUCAUGCAUGUGACUAAGACUGGCUCCUACUACGUUCUCUUCAAUACUGUAAAUUCUCUUUACGGCUACUCCUUGAAGGAUCUCUACAGCAUGGCAACUGGGAUGGAAAGUAAACUCACCAGCCUCAAGCAAGAUCCUCAGUGGGAGAAGAAGAUUGAGAGCCCCACACAUCACAUACCUCUUCUCAGCUCUGGAGACAUUCGUUACCUGGUGAAGGUUCCCGGGAGAUCAGGGGAGAAUAUCUUGGUUGUGAAGUCAAACAUGGCUGAGCUUCUCAAUGGACAAACUCUUGACUCCCUGUGGACUGUCAACGCCUCCCACAUCUUGAGCGAGCCAGUGUUUGGUUACUACACACCUGACGUUCUCCACAUAGUCCUUGAAAGUGGAGUUGGACCCAACAGGAAGAAGAUCAUGAUUGUUGAGAGUGGCUCUGGAGCAGUCCACUGGGAGCUGGAGCUGAAUUCAAGAGCAGGGAGUCCAAGGCCUGCCACACUCAAUACUGCAGAUCACCGGUCCAUGUUCCUCUUCUGGGGAGAGUACCAGGCAGAGGCCAAUGAAACGGGCUCCAAAGCGGCUCGCCAGAAUCUGUAUCUGUUCCAUCCAUCCUACCCCAAUGUUCUCAUGGAGCUGAACAAUAGCCCAGACCGAAUAGCCGCCUUCGACGUGGUUCUGUUUGAGCGGAGCCGACAUGCCUGCUACGUGUUGCUGACCGGGCCACAGAGCAGCGAGGGGCCAGGCUGGGUGUCUGUCACCAAGCGGAAGCUGAAAGAGGACAUCACUGGCAGUAGGGUGACCUGGCUGAGCCAGGUGGCAGGGGACAGUGAGCAGUACAUCAGGGACCGCUUCUUCAGGAUGCGAUUCAGCAGCCAAAUGUGAGCUCCCUGGGAGACCCCAGAGAACCAUCUCAGCACUCUCCUCCAGCAAUGGACUCAUUAAACCCAGAUCACGGACUCAUGUGGGAAGCUGACGUUCUUGAUCCACAAGCCAAAGGCCGGCUGCUGAGAAAACAGCCACAGCAAAUCUACCUGUGAGCCCGCAGGGCUUGGGCAUCCCAAAUCCUGCACAAGUGGCUGCCAGCGCAGCCAGCCUCUGAGCUGAUGGGGCUUCAGUUCCUGGCUGUCCCUGAAGUGCCAUCAUUUCCAGGAGAUCUGCCUCUUUCCCUCUCUAAAUCCCGCGAUACUUGCUGUGCUGCAGGGCGUACCUCAGCCGGGGCCGCUUUCCCAAUACGCCCCAAACUAGGACCCAGGGAGGGCAUGUCUGGGUGCUGGAGGGAGGCCUCAGUUGAUUACUCUAACCUCGGUGUUUGCAGUGAGGGAGGGCAUGUGCAUCUGGGUGAGAGCAAGAUGAGGAGGGAGUGUGUGUGCGCGCUCACGUGUGUGCGUGUGUUCAGCUGUGUGUGCGCGUGCGUUCAGCUGUGUGUGCGUGUGCGCUGUUGGAUUUUCUUUCCUGUUUGCCCAUAUAGACAGAUGGGCUCUCCUGAGUAGGAAUUUUUGCCUUUUCCAAAGAGUGGCGUGGACACAGCGUGCUUAGUGUCUCACUGGAAUACGGGAGUGCUGCUCGCCAGGGAUAAUGCAGUGAGAUGGGUACUGAGUGAACCCAGCGGGGCGUGCAAUGGCAGGUGUAUUGGAUAUGGCAGAUAUUCUCUGGCCCAGGAGAGCCACAGACUAAAGUGCAGUUCUACUCUGAAAAUGUCUCUGUAUAAACAGCAGCUCCUUGUUUUCCAAGCCUUCUGCUCCUGUUGCGUACCGAGGUGCAGAGCUACUGCCUACUGCUGACUGAGAUGCAUAGGCUGCUCUUCCCCCGUUGGUCCUGCCACAGCUGUGCGAGAGGGCACCUGACUUGGCUCUGGUUCACUCAUCAGGAACAGAAUUGCUAACACAGUUCCACUUGUAGAUGAUGUAAGAGCCAGAACAAGCCCCUGCCUGGCUACCCAGUCCCCAUGGUGCUAGCUCAUGCUCUCUGCUCGUCAGCUGGGCAGAUCGAGUGUGUAUGGGACCCGCGGGGCUGUUUGCAGGCGCUCUUCAGAGUGGAGCUGCCCGUGUUCCUUGCCAGGAGGCCGGCCAGCUGUUCCCAGGGUGCUGCUCGUCAGACAUGAAUUCAGCCUUGCGACCCCUGCGAGGAGAGUCCUCUGAGCACUGCUACCUCACUGAGUGAGGG